AUGGUCGCUAAUAGUGUAGUGGUGGAUCAACUGAAACAACUAUUCGAAUGUUGUUCUACGAUUGAAGAACUGCCUCAUUCCUUUGAUGAUACCCUGAUUGAUAACCUUAUCGAUAACAUUGACCUCAGCGUGGUGGAUCAACUGAAACAACUAUUCGAACGUUGUUCUACGAUUGAAGAACUGCCUCAUUCCUUUGAUGAUACCCUGAUUGAUAACCUUAUCGAUAAUAUUGACCUCAAUGAUGUUCGCCUUGUCGACUUUAUAAAAUCAAGUUUAUCCUCUACAAAUUUUGAAUCGGCAGCUUCCGUUAUUGUAUCUUUACUUCUUCGUCUCUAUACUAAACAUUGCAAAUCUCUUCGUGACGCUGAUGCAGAUCAGCGAGAUCAGUUGGCACGCACUGAGGUACUUCUCGAUCAGGAUCGACCAGCAAGAGUUCUUUCUGAUCUCCUAACACUAUACAUUACAUGUUACCGCGUUAGAGACCAAGGCGAAUGGGAUAAUGUUGUAUUCUGGUCAGUUUCUCAACUUUCCAACGAAGGACUUAGCAUAUUUGUACGAAGACUAAUUGAAGACUUCUUAUGCCUCGUAGAAGAUGCGGAUAUAGUACAACUAUUCCUAGCUAGUGUUGCU